AUGCAUUUCGGAAACGCACUCUCUCAAGCUCAGAUCCCUCAACUCAUAAGGAUCUCGGCCGGCCACAUAUCGACAUGCCGUGCUGGUCCCUGCAACACUCUGCAGUCCCCCGGCCCACAGCAGCGCAGACCUGACGUGCGCUGCCGCCAUCAUUUUCUGCCAGCAUGGUCUGCCCCCUCCCGCAUCAAUGCUCCGCGGCAUCCUGCUGGGCAGCAGGGGAGGCUGAAGGCAGUUUCGGGAGGAGGCUGCCUCACAGCUCCGCCAGCAAGCCUCAGGGCAGAUUCACUCGAAGAUCUGCUGGAUGCGAGAAGGGAAGGGGAUGGGGGGAAGCAGGGAAGGGGAUGGGGGGAAGCAGGGAGCGGGAUGGGGGGAAGCAGGGAGCGGGAUGGGGGGAAGCAGGGAGCGGGAUGGGGGGAAGCAGGGAGCGGGAUGGGGGGAAGCAGGGAAGGGGAUGGGGGGAAGCAGGGAAGGGGAUGGGGGGAAGCAGGGAAGGGGAUGGGGAGAAGCAGGGAAGGGGAUGGGGGGAAGCAGGGAAGGGGAUGGGGAGAAGCAGGGAGCGGGAUGGGGGGAAGCAGGGAAGGGGAUGGGGGGAAGCAGGGAAGGGGAUGGGGAGAAGCAGGGGAUGGGGGGAAGCAGGGAAGGGGAUGGGGAGAAGCAGGGAAGGGGAUGGGGGGAAGCAGGGAUGGGGGGAAGCAGGGAUGGGGAUGGGGGGAAGCAGGGAAGGGGAUGGGGAGAAGCAGGGAAGGGGAUGGGGGGAAGCAGGGAUGGGGAUGGGGGGAAAGCAGGGAAGGGGAUGGGGGGAAGCAGCGAAAAAGGGAGGGAGAGAGGGAAGAGAGAGAGAAAGGCAAGAGAGAGAGAAAGGGAAGAGAGGGAGAGGGAGAGAGGGACAGAGGAAUGAAGGUCGAGAGCAAGGUAGGGAGGGACGGAGGGAGAGGAAGAGAGGGGAGAAGGAGGGAUGGAGGGAGGAAGCUUGGGCGAAAUGAAGAGGCGGGGGCGACGAGAAGAAGCGCGCGCGGGCGACGAGGAGAAGCGCGCACGGGCGAGGAAGAGAAGCGCGCGCGGGCGACGAGAAAAAGCGCGCGCGGGCGACGAGGAAAAGCGCGCGCGGGCGACGAGCAGAAGCGCGCGAGGGCGACGGUUCAGGGUGCGCGCGCGGGCGACGAGGAGAAGCGCGGGACGGUGGGAAGCGCGGGACGGUGGGAAUCGCGGGCGACGAAGGAAAGCGAGAGAGACGAGUGGGAGAUAUCGUGA